CUGGGUGGCGGUAAAGCUUCACGGAACAACAUGGCCGCGUCACACAGCCGCUGAUGGGCUAAACUCGAACCAAACUUCUUGUGAGCAGCUGGAGAAAGAUGGAGCAAACAAGUGAAAGCCCUCAAAAAACCUUCACCUGCCAGCUGUGCGGUUUGUGCAGCCCUUUCACCUACUACGGCCAGAAACCACCAAACACCAGAGCCAUUGUGUUGCUCGAGGAGUGUUUUGUGACCAAGGACCCCUUCAGCCCGGACAAGGAGAAGUUUCUAGUGUUGGGAUCCACCUGCAGCCUGUGCAGCAAGUGUGUCUGUGUUGGAUCGGACUGCAGCCUCUUCUACACCAAGAGGUUCUGCAUGUCGUGCGUGAACAAACACUUGGACCAGUUCCCCCGACAGAUCCAGGCCGAGCUGGCUAAGAAGAAGCAGAGCUCCAAAGCUGCCGUCUCAUGACACCAGACCAGAGGUGCAUAACCUGCUGCACCAAAACGUCUUGAGUACAUUUAGACAUAAAUAGAGCAAAACAUGUGUAAAGGUGUGCUGCCAGAGUCCCUAAUCAAAACCAGACUGGACCAAACUGCAAAAACAGCACGUUGGUGAAACAAAACCUCGUGUAGUUUAUUGUUGUUGCUCUGGGUUAUUAUUAAUUUGGCAGGAAAUUAACACCACCCACCAGAAAAAAUGCUGUUUUAUGCUUGUGGCCGUUCUACUGCUGUGUUAUUCUACCCAGUGUUAUUUAUUUAUUGUAAAGGGUUUUAUGGGAGGAAGCAGCAGGUCUGACUUUCCAGAGAUGUUUUUAAAAAUAUGACCUUUUGCUACGAAUACGCCUUGAGGUGCACAACUUUUUCUAUCCUUUCUGUUUGCGCUCGUAAUCAGAUAUGGAUGCACGGUGUUAAAGUCAGUUAUUGACUUUUUGCUUGUGCAGCCGAGUUCAGUAACUAUUCUUGCAUCCCUGCAGACAUUUUCAGCUAUAAAUACGUGACUCAGUCCGGUGUAGUAACUGUGUAACUAGAGUUUGUUUUAGUGACUGGGUCUUGCAAGGUUGCAUCAUCCUACUGGGGCUGAAAACACACACUUUACAGCACAGUCCCUGCUUCCCAACAUCCAAAAAUGGCUGAAAUAAUCCAACGCAGGCACAUAAACACAUGUUUUAAAACGGUAUUAGGAUGUUACGCGAUUAUUACCUGAUGGAAAAAUCUCAACAAUGUCUCAGCUGACCUGUAAUAAAACAACGAAACUUCCACCUUAAGGUUU